AUUUUAUUUUUUUUUUUUUUCAUUAUUUUUAAUCUUAAAUAACAACAAAGCUGUAAUUUAUAUAUAUAAAAGUACAUUCCUUUUAUUUUUCUUCUCUUUUGAUGGCAAAAUUAGAAGAUAACACAAAGCGUCGUUCUAACGAAUUAGAAGAGCAAAGUAUUACCCCAAGACCUCCCCCAAAAAAGCGCUUUCUAUCUAGUAGAGCUUCUUCUCCAGAAGAAGAUCCAGAAGAGAAUGAAGAUGCCUCUGAUACUUUUAAGGAACCUUUAGAAGCGUUUCGUAAAGAUGCAAUUAUGAGGCAAUGGAAAGAUUAUAUUAGAUCUGUUAAAAAUUGGAAGAAAUAUAUUGAACAAGCUGAAUUAAAAAAACUUGAAAAUGAAGAUAGUUUUCGACUUUGGGAAGAAGCCUUUAAAAAGCUUCAAGUUUUUCUUUCCAAUAUUAUACAUGAAGGCAUGAUAAGUUUUGGUCAAAACUCUAAUACUGCGAUGGACAUAGAUAGUAGUGAAUUCAAUGGUUUACUGGAACAAUCUUGGGCAACAGAAUUGACUCCUAACAUGUUAAAUGCUUACAAGAAGAAAGAACAUUAUGAUGUAACCAUUUCUAAAUUGAAUCAAUUGAUUGAUUCCUGGAUUACUAAAAGAGAAAAUAUGACUACAAACUUCAAGUCUGUUCUUGACCAAAGCUCAUUAAAGGAUGUCCAAAGAGAUCAUGAACGUGUUUUAUUAACUUGGGUUAAUGGUCAAAAAUCACUUCAGGAUAUGAAAAGCCGUUGUAAAUAUGCAAACUUUAAGUAUUUAAUGCUUUCAGAAGAAUUAAGAAUUUUAAAUGAUCGUUUAGAAACAGCCGAAUCUAAUUUAUAUCAAACUCAACAAGAACUUGAAAAGGUUAAAAUCCAAAAUAAUAUUCAAAAAGAAGAUACAAAGGUUUUAGAUAUAUCUUCUAUUCAUGCAAGACCUAGUAUACCUGCAACUUCUAUGCUGCCUCCAACACUUUCUUCCUCUACAGUUAAUGCAGAAACUGAAGGAGCUUUAGCUAAUUAUUCUAGCCCAGGUGUUGCUCAAAAUCCACUUACUCAAAUACAACAGUUACUUGAACAAAAACUACGUGAUAUUGAGUUAAUUAAGGAAGACCGUAUUGCCAUAAAGCAGCAAAUAGCACGUUUGGAAAUGGAUCAUGUAUGUGUGCCAGAGUCACGUAUAUAUAAAGCCCCCAUAUGUCGACAAUUAUCACAAUCGCGCGCUUAUCAUAAAGACAAAUGUAAUCGUUUAACUGAUAUAUGUCAUGACCUUCAGAAUGGACUGAAUGAUUUACUUGCUAAUCGCCGUCGAUUAAUUAAAGACUUGGAUUCUGAACAAGUGGAUUAUUUUAAAGGAUUAGAGGAUCAAUUAAAGAAAUUAGAUAUUGACUUAACCCGUAUUCGUGGUCAACGUGAUGCAUCUCAAAUGAGUUUAGAAGAAUGUAAAGCUGCUAAUGAAGGAGGGCGCGUUUCGAUUGCUGAAUUAAAAGUGAUUGCAGAUACAAGAAAGGAGCGAAUUAGUUAUUUAGAAACGGAAGUAUUACGAUUACAAAAAAAGAUGGCAGCAAAAAUAGGUGUUAAAGAAUAUUACGAAUUAUUAGUGAAUAGUAAUGGCCAAGAACCAUUCUUAACACCAGUUGAAAAUGAACUCAACACGUUGCAAGAACAAGUAGAGCAAAUGAAAUCUCGUAUCUAUCAAGAUAUUCCUAAAGAGACUGUAGAUUUUAGGCUUUCUCAAAUUGUAGAGUUAAAACAAUUAGAAUUAGAUGUUACUGCAUUUGAAAAACGAUAUGGCUUUCACCCUUCUUAUUCUUUAGAUGAUAAACAAGUUCAAAACAUUCUGCAGGACAGAAUUGAAAAAGAAAAGAAGAUUAUUUCAGAAUCAAAAGAAAAGAUAUUAAGUUUAGAAGCUACGGAAAAACAACUUUUAAGCGAAAUUGAAAGUGUUGGGAAAGCGUAUAAUGAGUUAGAAGAAGAAAAUAUGAACGGAUUGAAAGAACUUUCUGCUGCUGAAGAUGAAGUUAUAAAAUUACAAACCGAACGUGUAAAAUAUAGUCAAACUUUCACUGCUCUUAACAAGUCAAAGGAUGCUCAUGCGAUGGUUGCUAAUGCUCUUAGUAAACAAAAUGAAAAACAACUAGCUCAUGUUAAGCAAAUGAAUGAACAUGAAAAGAAUCUUAAUAACCAACUAACUUGCCUUGAACGUGAAUUGAAUACAAGUAACUCUGUAUACGAAAUAUAUAAGCAAAAAAGAGAAGAAGCAAAGAUGAUAUUAGAUGAAUUAAAAGAAAAAAAUGCCUUUUCUAAAGAUAAAAUAAUUGAUCUUCAAAAGUCGAUACUUGAUAAGAUUCGAUUAAUCGAAGAUAGUGCAUAUAUGAGACUUCGAUUAGAAGAAAGCAGUGAAAUAUUAAAACGUAAAAUAGAUUCAACGAAUAAAGUUGAUCGUCCUGCUGAAGCAAGAUUAAGAAAAGAAAGAGAAGAAUAUAGAUCGUUACUAAAUUGUAGUUCCUGUCGAAUUAGAUUAAAAUCACAUAUUAUUUUGAAAUGCAUGCAUACAUUUUGUAAAGAAUGUCUUGAAUCAAAAAAGAGAUGUCCAACAUGUAAUGAAUCAUUUGGUGCUCAUGAUGUAAAACAAUUCUACUUCUGAUUUAUUUCAUGCAAUGUUCAUAUACAUCCUCCCUUACUCUUCCUCUACGUCCAUAUUUAGAAAUCCUUUUUUAUAUAUAUAUAUACGCUCAGUCAUACAUUUUACCUUUAAACUCUACAACUCCAUAAUGUACAUAUAUAAAUAUAUAUUAUUUUACUAUAUUAUUUUUUUUUUUCUGUGUGUAUUGCAUAUUAAAUGAUCCUUGCAUACUUUAAACCAUUUAAAUAAU